UUUCCCACACGCACUUCCCGUACGCGCAAACACAACUGCUACUACUUAUAACUCCUCUUUUUCAUUCUCGCGGAUAACUGAAGAUUCCUCCAGCCUAAACAUUCCCACUCUAUUAAACUAUACACACAAAAGCUGUAUGUAUACCUGUUAAACCUGAGCACAUUUCCCAAUGCAUUCCACCGUGGCACCACCGCCGGCAGAAACCCUAGACCAGAUCACAUCUCUCCUCUCUCGCCUCCUCCCCUCAUCUCUCUCCAUCAAAUCCUUCACCGGCCGCUGGCAGAUUCUCCGGUCAAAACUCGCCGCCCUCAAAUCCUCCGUCUCUGAAAUCUCCGACUCGCCUCACUGGUCGGAGAAUCAGCUCCUCUUGACUCUACUACCCAAUCUUCUCUCCACUCUCCGCCGUAUUGAAAAUCUCGCCGACCAAUGCUCCGACCCGAAUUUUGUUACCGGGAAGCUUCUGAUGCAGAGUGACCUGGAUAUGGCGACGAAUUGGAUCUCGAAACAGAUUCAUGAUGUGGAUUUGUUGCUCAGAUCCGGCGUUUUGAAGCAGUCAAACGCCAUCGUUUUGUCGAGGCCGGGGCCGGAUUCUGAGGAGGAGGAUUUAGGUUUUUUUAUUCGGGAUCUUUUUACGAGGCUGCAGAUUGGGGGAAUUGAGUUUAAGAAGAAGGCGAUGGAGUCGUUGCUCGAGCUUCUCGAGAACGAUGAGGCGUUGGCGAAUUUGGUAGCGGAGGAGGGAAAUGUAGGUUAUUUGAUUCAUUUGCUUGAUCUCAAUGCGCAUCCUUCGCUUCGUGAACAGGCGGUUUUAGUGAUUUCGAUUCUGGCUUCUGUGAGUGAGAAAUCGAGGAAAUGUGUGUUUGAGGAAGGAGCUUUGGGGCCGUUGUUAAGGAUAAUUGAAUCGAGUUCUUUAGCGUUUAAGGAGAAGGCGGUGAUGGCUGUGGAGUCGAUUACAGCUGAUCCUGAUAAUGCCUGGGCUAUUUCAGCUUAUGGCGGUGUGUCAGUUCUUGUUGAAGUCUGUAAAUCUGGAUCUGUUGUUGCACAGUCACAUGCUAUUGGAGCGAUUUCGAAUAUGGCAUCGAUUGAAGAGAUUCGAGUUUGUUUGGGGGAAGAUGGAGCUGUGCCUGUUAUAGUUCAGUUAUUGAGUUCAGGACACGAGAAGACACAAGAAAAGGCGGCGCAGUGUGUAUCAAUUUUAGCAUCUUCCAGUGAUUAUUUUCGCGAAAUGGUAUUGAAAGAAAGAGGUUUGCAAAAGUUGUUAUGUUUAUUACAUGAGUCAUCCAAUAGUUCUACGCUAGAACAUGUAUUGCGUGCAAUUUAUUCCCUUUCUGCUUUAGAGUCAACUGCUCAAUUGUUAUCGUCCUGUAGUAGUUUUGUAAUCCAGUUGUCAGAGUUGAUAAGGCACGGAACUUUAGUCCUGCAGCAAUUGUCAGUCUCUUUGUUAGCAAAUUUGUCUAGUAUGAGCGAAGGAAAUAAGCGAGCUAUAGGUGGAUGUAUGGGUUCAUUGGUGAAGCUAAUGGAGGUUAUAAAGCCAGUUGGAAUGCAAGAAAAAGCGACACAGGCACUGGUAUUGCUGUUGACAGUUAAAUCGAAUCGAAAAGAUUUUGUUAGGGAUGAAAAGAAUGUGAUGAGGUUGGUCAAGAUGUUGGAUCCUAAAAAUGAGACGGUUUCCAAAAAAUUUCCGGUGGCAGUGGUGGCAGCAAUUAUGGCAGGAUGGAGUCAGGAUUGUCGGAAGAGGUUGGUGGAUGCAGGAGCCUAUGUCAAUUUACAAAGGUUGACUGAAAUGGAAGUUGCCGGAGCUAAAAAAGCUCUGCAGAGAUUCUCCAGCAACAGGCUCAAGACCAUCUUCACUAGAACAUGGAGGGAAUUAACAGAAAAGUAACUAACCCAAAGCCCCACCUACGAAGAAGUUGAUUGGGACUUCGCUAACCGAGCAGGAAACUGUUUUCCUUGCCAAGCAGCAACCAAACACACACAUAUGGUAUCACCCAGGUUUUACAUAUAUACUAAUAUAAAUAUAAAUCAUCAUAAAAAAAGUUUGAGGAUUAUCAUAAAUAUUCUAGAAAUUAGUAGCAUGGAUACGAUUUUAGGAAGUAUCCUUGUUCUUUUUUCUUUUCUGUCACCGUUAAUUGGUCGACUCUGUGAAGUUGUAAGCGAGUCUAAAGCUUGCUGUUCCCUCCAAUUUUUAUUUUUAUUUUAUUAAUUUUUUCAGUUUUCCUAGAUAAUGUAUAUCUAGGGUGCUGUUUGUUUUAUUGUAAUGGCUAAUUAAGCUGUAGUUGGAAAGGAUGCCAACAGUUUCUUGUUGUUUGCCCUCA